AUGGUAGGUCGUAAUGAGGCAAGUUCAGUCAGAUACAAUGAGAAAGCUUGCAGCGGAGAGUACAAACAGGAAUCCCAGCAUCUGACCUCCUGUGAACUGAAGAGAGCAGCCUCCCAGACAAUUGACAACUACAUUCCCCAGUGUACUCCAGAGGGCAAGUACAGGAAUGUACAGUGCACGAAUAAUGGACAAUUCUGUUGGUGUGUCAAUGAUAAGGGUGAUGCGGUGUUAGAUAGCAAUCAGACCACAUCAGCAACUGCCUGUUUAUCAUUUUGCCAGCUCCAUCGCCAGCAGGUUCUGGUGAGUGGUUAUGUGAAUAGCAGCAGUACUUCCUAUAUCCCACAAUGCACAGAAACAGGGGAGUAUGAGAUCGUGCAGUGUAGCACUGCCCCCAGACAGUGCUGGUGUGUCGACGGUGAUGGGAUGGAAAUCUAUGGAACACGGCAAGACAAACGACCAUCUGACUGUCCCACAAGCUGUGAGGUUCAAGAUCGGCGAAUUCUCCAUGGCAUUGGCAUGAAGUCCCCACCACAAUGUUCAAAGGAUGGGAAGUUUUUGCCCGUCCAAUGUAGGUUCAUCAACACAACCGAUAUGAUGGUCUUUGACUUAAUCAAUAACUUCAGCAGACUCCCCGCUGCAUUCCACACAUUCAGUGCCUUCAGGAGGAGUUUUACUGAUGUUUCUGCUUACUGUUAUUGUGCUGACAGUUUGGGACGGGAGCUUCAGGCCACAGGUCUGGAGUUGUUAUUGGACGAAAUCUAUGAUACUAUCUUCAAUGAUUCACAGCUUGGGCACUCGUUCACAGAUACUGGCAUUUAUCGCAUUUUGCAGAGGAGAUUCCUCGCUGUGCGACUGCUGAUCACCGGCAGAUUUAGAUGCCCGACGAAAUGUGAAAUUGAAAGGUUCACAGCUUCCUCAUUUGGUAAUGUCUUCAUUCCCUCGUGCGAUGACAAUGGAAACUAUCUACCAGUCCAGUGUCAGAACAGAGAUCAGUGCUGGUGUGUAGAUUCCAAUGGACAAGAGAUCUUUGGAACAAGGCAGCAGAGAAGAGAGCCUGACUGCAGCAAUGGUGAAAGUGACUGCAAAUUGGAAAGAAAAAGCACGCUGUCGCGACUCUUCUAUGGACCUGUUGGCCACUUCAGUCGAAAUGAUAUCUUUGCCACACCUACAUCUCUGAGUACGACACUGGAAAAGAUUGGUGUGUCUCUCAGCCACUGCAGCGCAGACCUGAAGCAACUGUUCACAAAAUCUGGAUUGCUGCUUUCUAUCCCCCAGUCUGUGGACCUGGACAUUGGUCAGUUUGACCUAGAAAUGAUUCUGGGUGAGUUUGUACAAGGGACAUUUCUAACCAAAGAUUUAGCACUCAAUGCCCUUCAGUUUUCUGCAUCCCCAAAAUUCUUUGUCGAAAAUUUGUUUGGAGGCAAAUUUCUGAAGAACCUUGGUCUAUUCAAUUUCACUGGCAGUCUAGGAAACAGGGGGACAUUUAAUUUCAGUCAGUUCUUCCAGCAAAUUGGCUUAAGAGGAAUGUACAGUGGGGCAAACUUUGUGGAACUUGCCAAAUUGUUUUCUCCGAACGAAGACUCCUACUUCUCCAAAGGAACGUCAGAAUUCUCCAAGGACACCUUCAACUUGAACCAGACAAUUGAGGACAACUUUGGGCGCUCAGUAAAUUUACAAGAGAAUCAGAAUAUUGUGAAGCUUAUAACAUUUCUGUUUGAGCAUCGGAAUGUUCUUACAACAUUGCUUGAAGUCAUUAACUUCUUUGGUGGAGAGGAUGAUAAUUUAGCUGAAACUGUCCAGCUGGUGUUAAGGAGUGCUAAGGCUGGUAUCUGUGACUGCCUGACUUCACAUCUCUUUCUUCCCAAGUGUACUGGAGAUGGAAGGUAUGAAGAGGUCCAGUGUCUAGGCACAGUUUGCUGGUGUGUAGACAGUCAAGGAGUGGAGAUUCCAAACACAAGAGUCUCAGGUCAAAGGCCACAAUGUCCCACCAAGUGUGAGCAAGAACGUAGGCGCUUAACAGACUUGAGAGAACACCAACCAGCAGGAUCUGAUGUGUUUAUUCCUUCAUGUAGAAGUGACGGUAAUUUUAAGUCCAUGCAAUGUGAUGGGAUGGACUGCAUCUGUGUGGAUCUGCAGGGUAGGAAGACGCCUGAACUAAGGAAACUAGCUGGAGGAGGCGUGCAGUGUCCCAGUACUUGCCAAUUGUCUGCUGCGGAAAGAUUUUUAAAAUCAAUUGAGCUACUGCUGUCAGAACCAAGCUUGGUCUCAGUGCCUGUAAUCUAUGUAGCUCAGUGCAAAGAAAAUGGAGAGUGGCGACAAGUCCAGUGUGAUGGCCUUCCACAACAGGCCAUUGAAUUUUAUCAACAGUGGAUUUCUCAGAAUAAUGGAGGCCAGGAAAUGCCAUUUACUGCCAUCUUAAAUGAGGUUGUUGAUUACCGCAAAUUAUUUCGUGCUUCCACGAGUUUUGAGAUGUUUGUGAAGGAACUCUACAAGAAGAACCAUCAGCAUGUCUUUUCAGUGUUCUCUCGAUUCUCAACUUUUCACUCAAUUUCUGCUGAUGAUUUUGCAGCUAUUGCCACCUCUCAGCCUGGAACUAAUAUUUUGCUGAAUCCUUACGUGUUUUGGCAGUUGUUGUUUGGUGCUGUGACACACUAUCCUGGUUUAUACUCUGAUUUCAGUGUGAAAUUGGAGAAGAUGGAGCUGCGGAGAUGUUGGUGUGUUGAUGAGAAAGGACAAGAGCUUCCAGGGACAAAGGCUGAAAUGGGUCAAUUUCCCCAAUGCCCGGGAUCCUGUGAUCGUGCUGUUCAACAAGUCUUUCAUUUUAUUAGUCAGGCAGAGGAAAUAAUGGUGGAUUCCAAAAAUUCCAAUACUACCUUUGGCCAGGCUUUUUUAUCUGCCAGUGGUAUACAACUGACUGAGAAUGAACUUCAGUCCUUUGGGAUGUUCCAAUCAGCUCCUUCCUUUUCUGAAGCUUUGUUGAGUGGAUCUGACUAUGCUGUUCGAUUGGCUGCCCAAUCCAUUCUACAAUUCUACAGGAGAAAUCAACCCAUCAAGGAAAGGAUUCUUGGGGAAUUAACUCUAAAAGGUUACAGCCCUUACAUCCCCCAAUGUGAUGGCCUUGGAAACUGGGAACCAACUCAGUGCUAUGAGAGUACUGGUCACUGUUGGUGUGUUGAUAACACUGGAAACUAUAUUCCUGGUUCACUGGUUAUUCGCUUGGCCCAGAUACAUCAGUGUCAGACCCCAUGUCAACGCUCUCAAACGAAUGCUGCUGUGGCUGGAUGGAAACGUGUGGGUUUCCAGCUUAAUAACACGAACAGGGAAUUAUUUGAUCCAACUUGUUCUGUGAGUGGAGAAUACAAUAUCUUGCAGUGGUCAGAUUCUGGGGAUGGUAAAGCUUGGUGCAUUGACCCAGUGACUGGGAAAGCUUUUCAACUGGCUGUAACUGAUUCAGAUGGGCAGCCACAUUGUCCCAGCAGAUGUGAAAUUCUCAAAACUCAAGUGAUGCAGCAGGAAGUGGGCAUAGGGUACAUCCCAGCUUGUGAAGAAUUUGAUGGUUCCUUCUCAGCGGUACAGUGUGAUCAGGGCAAAGGGAGGUGUUGGUGUGUCUUUACAAAUGGUGAAGAAAUCCCUGGAACACAAAUCAACACAACAACUGGAUCGAAACCGGCCUGCAACCGUCCACAGUGUGCAUUACCCUUCAACACUCUAGCUGUGUCAGAUGGCACUGUUAUAUGUGAUGAGGUACUGAAUGGUCAGUCUCUGCAACUUUGCCAUCUGAUUUGUCGUCAAGGCUACCAAAGUGCAUUUGAUGGGACAAAGUUUGUAUGCGAUGCACAGAACGAUAAGUGGGUCACAAGAUUCCCACAUCCAGAGGCCUGCCAGAAAAUCAACCUAUUUCAAGUGGUUCAGGCUCAGAGAUGGUUUCGACUUCUGUUGCCUUCUGGGAAAGCUUGUAACAGUGAUUAUUCAGGAUUACUGAAAGCAUUUAAAACCUUCAUUGCCGAUGAUCUGAGAGCAAGAGGAUAUUGUCACAUUCAGGUGAUGAUCUCUGGAGAAACGUUGUUGAUCUCAGUAUGCGAUGACUCAACAGUGUCAGUUGGAUGUUUGAAGACAAACCAUUUAGGAGUAAAUGUCACUUGGAAAGUACAGCUUAAAGAUAUCCCAGCAUCCGCUCUUCCUAACCUGCAUGAUAUAGAAAAUGCUCUCCUGGGGGAUGGGCUGAUUAAACGUUUCACUAAACUGAUUAACAGUGGAAACUAUCACCUCACUCUGGAUUCCAAACAGUUUCUUGCAGACGUCUUCACCGAUAUUCCUACAGACCAAAGCCAUGACUUCCCACCCUCUGUUCACCUUGGAUGCAGUGAUGGUUACACAAAGAUUUCAGUCACUCAGAGAGGUGGUCACAAUGUUAGUGGGUGUGUUGUGUGCCCAGCUGGCAGUUUUUCUCAGGGUGGCACCUGCAUCCUGUGCCCACGUGGAUUUUACCAGGAGGCUGCCGGAAAGAUACGCCAUGCAUUUACCUAUGUGACCCUAACAGGUUUAACAGAUUGUGAAACCAGUCCCUGGAAUCCAACUUGUGACCCACUAGGACAGUAUAGAGCAACUCAGCAAGACGCUGACACUCAGAAAUCUUUCUGCGUUACUUCGAAUGGAAAGCGAUUACCUUGGACCGAAACCACCAGCCCUCUCGCUGAGUCUGAUUGUAUUGUGUUCCGACAAUUUGACAGCGUCGAUGAAUCCCAGCUGAUUCUGAACUCCGAAGGCACAGACAUCAGCAAAGUUUUGCCAGCGCCCGCUGAUCGUCAGAGGCAGCUUCUAGCUUGUCUCACAGAAUGCUCUGGAAGUGAGAUAUGUAACUUUCUGGCAUUAUACCACAAAGGGGAGGUUUUCCAUUGUGAGCUUUACAGUACCUCGGAAUCCAACUUGCUCUGCAAAACCUUUGGACAGAAUCAAGGAUUUCUGGGGAGUUCAUCCACAGCCAGAUAUGAUGGGAUUAGUUGUCAACUCAGGAUCAGCAGUAACAGUGAUGGAAAUCUGAGCGUCUACAGGAAGAAGGGCCAUGAAUUCACGACAACAUUUCACAAGACCUUCCUGCAGACAGAUUUUCGUAAUGUGAUUACAGGCGUAUACCGGGCAGUGGCUUUUUCUGCACGUGGUUCAAGUUUGACAGAUGUACAUCAUUUCUGCAGACAGGCCUGUGGCAAGGAGCAAUGCUGUGAUGGCUUCAUGUUGAGCCAGAUAAACAUUGAUGAAGGUACCUUGCUCUGUGGUCUAAUGAGUUAUCCAGAUGUUCUGCUUUGCAAUGAUAAUGACUGGCAGGCGACAUCACUGCUUGGUGGAGAGGGUGUUUGUAGAGGUGUGAAGUCCAACACGGAGAAGAAGACAUUUACGUUCAGCUUUGGAGGCCUGGACUUCACCGGCACUUAUGCACUUUUAUCAAAGAAUUUUGUGAAUGCUGAGUACUCAACAGAACUGACUCCAGAUAUGAAGGAAGAGAUUCAGAAAUCAUUCAACCCUUUCCAGCGUAUCUAUCUCUGGCGGGAUUCCAACAUGAACACACGGAUAAAGUCAUCCCCUGAAUGUACUGGGAAAGUUCUUGAAAUUCAACAGACCCCAGAUGUGCCAGAAAACACCAGAGAACACUUCUCACAGCUGGGCUUCAAACUUGUCCGAGUAGAUCUGAACCAGUCUGUUCCAAACCAGCGUUACCAGCUUUUCAAGCAUCAAUUCCCAAUGACACAGGCAGAGCUGUGGUGUCUGGCACGUUGCACAGAGGUGAAUGUUUGCAAUGUGGCAACUUUACAGGACCGUGAGGCCCUGCAUUUUGAAUGCGUACUAUACCCAGACACACAGCUUUGCCAAAAAAGUAGUAAUCGUAAUUUUUCUGAAAUGGACUGCGGCCUUAUCCUACCUGAGGAACCACAAAUAGUGUACAGGAAAAAAGAUAUGCUAGGAGGACGUGUUAAAAAUUUCUAUACCCGCUUGCCAUUUCGUGAGGUGCAAGGUAUCUCAGUAAGAAACAGACUGAAUAUGACUGCAAGAGGGAUCCAAACUGGGUUCUUUGAAUGUGAACGUUUAUGCGAUGAAGAUUCCUGUUGCAAAGGAUUUGGAUUUCUGAAAGACCCACGACUUCCAGAUUUGGAGAUGACAUGUGUGACACUCAGCAGUCUUGGAGUACUGUCCUGCAGUGAGGAAAUUCGGAAUUGGCAUGUCUUAGACUGUGAGUCAGCUGACGUGGUAACACCAACUUAUCCCUUUGGAUGGUACCAAAAGCCUGUGAACCAGUGGAAACGUGCAGGAAACAUGUGCCCCCUUGUCAGCCUUCCUUCACGUCCUCGAAAAGUGUUACUGAAUAACUGGGACAUCCUCAAGGUACCCCCAGGCCUCGAUCCCAUGAUAACCUCUUUUGAUGUUUUGCACAUCAACUGUGAUAGUCUUAUGAUGACUGAAGAUUUCAGAAACUAUGCCAGAAACAGGUGCCUGUCAGCAUGUGUUGCCAGCCACACUUGUGUUAUAGUUUCUCUUCAGCCUCAGCUGUCAGGGGUCAGAUGCCUUUUUUACCCUGACACCCACAACUGCCACCCUGGAUUGCAAGGUCACGACUGUCGAAUCCUACUCAAGGAAGAAGCAGAGGAGGUCUACUAUAAGAAGACUAUUGGAGGGUCGUGUACUGGUCGUUGUGGGAUUUACCAACCUGAUGAGCCUUGCCAGUGUAACUUGAAAUGUGAAGAUUAUGCAGAUUGCUGUCCCGACAUUCAUACCUGCUCUGACCCUUCCUUAUCAGAAACCCAACCCCAGUUGACAUCCAUUUUGCUUCCGGGUCAUGGAAUCUUGUUUGGAUCUAGUCAGGCGGCCCAGGUUGGUGAGGAAUGGAAGGCUGUAAACCGUUUCCUGGGUGUCCCAUAUGCAGCUGCUCCUACUGGUGAUAGCCGAUUCAAGGCCCCAGCAACCUUUAAUUGGACUGGAGAAUGGAAUGCUACUUUCUACAGGCCUAGCUGCCUACAGCCAGGAGAUGCAAAGGCCAUCUAUUCCACUGUAGAUGAAGACUGUCUCUACCUAAAUAUAUUCGUUCCCAAGAGCAUUGCUAGGAACAACGCUGUGCUGGUCUUCUUCCACAAUGCUGCUGUAGAUUACAAAGGAGGGAGACAGACAAACAUUGAUGGAUCCUACCUGGCAUCUAUUGGAAACAUCCUGGUUGUGACAGUAAACUAUAGGGUUGGAGUGUUUGGAUUCCUGAGUGAUGGCACUGACGCAAUGACUGGCAACUGGGGCUUGCUGGAUCAGAUCGCUGCUUUACAAUGGCUGCAGAGAAACAUUGGCUACUUUGGAGGAUCAUCGUCUCAAAUCACUAUCGCCGCAGACCGUGGUGGAGCUGUUAUCACCAGCAUGAACCUCAUUAAGAUAUCUGGCACCAGACCUUUCAAAAGAGCCAUAUUACUGGGAGGAUCAGCCUUGUCUCCAAAUGCUGUGAUGAGUAAGAAGAGAGCCCAGGAGCAAAUCAUCAGAUUAGCUGAAGAAGUUGGCUGUCCACCUUUUAAUAAAACAAUCCUGUUACCAUGUCUCCGUGCUCUACCUGCACUGACCCUGAAUGCUGCGCAAACCAAGCUACUAGCUGUCAGCGGACCAUUCCAGUCAUGGGCUCCCAUAGUGGAUGGGGUUUAUCUGCAGGAGCCUCCUAUCACAGCCCUAGCCCGUGGCCAGUAUCACAAGGUUGAUUUACUGAUCGGGAGCGCAGAAGAGGAUGGGCUUGUUAGAAGAUCGAAAGCAUUCAAGAAACUUGAAGAAUCUUCCAGGAAUUCCAUGAGUAAAACAGCUUUCUAUGAAGCUCUUCAGAAUGCACUGGGAGGAGAAAACUCAAACUCGCUCAUCAAGAAUGCAGCAACUUGGUUUUACUUGCUACAACACUCUCUGGCUGACUACUCUGCCUUCUCUAGGGCUUUGGAGAACGCCACACGGGACUAUUUCAUCAUUUGCCCUGUUGUAAAGAUGGCUGCUCAUUGGGCCAACAGAACACGAGCCAAUAUCUUCAUGUACCAUGUACCAGAAAGUCUUCCUCAACACAGGUAA